AUGAACAUCGCCCCACCAGUCAUAGCACCAGUUCUAUCCAUGGGCACUCAGGCCACCCCGAUAAAGCUUGCUGCGGCGGCAGCAAUAGCCUUGCCUACCAUCAUCGCAGCCAAACAUAUCUUGCAAGUCUACGCGAGAAUCUCUGCCGCCCCGCGACGGAAUAUCACUGAAGUCGACGUUAAUCCCGCGUCCUUCCUACAAUCCGUUACCGUCACCCAGCAUGUCAACCCGAAUGUUCAUCCGGCGCUACAUGACUGCCGUCACAUGGACGUGUCGAUCCCGGAAUAUGCCAGAGAUCUGGCCGAUCAAGUGCUUCUUGCGGCUUUCGUCCGGGGUUUCUUUGGCGGAAUGGUCUUUGCCCCUGAGCGGGCCGUGCUAAAGAUUGCCAAACUCAACCUCUUGAACUAUCCCAGUCUCAAGAGUAAUGCCUCCGUAUCGCCGGUGUGGCAUGUCAGCAAACUAGCCGGUGACGAGCUGCCGCCCGUGACCACCAUUCUCUUCGGCGCCUUCCAGAUAAGCGAUAGUCAAAUCCACCGCCCAGGGGAUAAUACCACCGAUCCAGUGGAGACGGAGAGUAGUGUUGAUUUCGUGUUCGGCUCAAGUCAGGGUAACUUUAGCGGCACCCAUCAAUUCAGUAUCCUCAGAACCAAAGGACACCCUGAAAAAGCCCGUGUCAGAUACGCACACAUCAGCUGCAACCCGAAUGGUGGCAAGCUCCCAAUGCCUGACUUCAUGGCCCCUCUGCACAACUUCUAUGCCAUGCUGCUCUUCAGGGAGGCUGUUGGAGAGGUCAAGCGACGACUGGAGUAUCGAGAUCAGAGAUAA